AAGUAAUUGGAGGAAAGAAUAGAAGAAAGAAGCUGUUGGAAAACUAAACGAAGCAUAAGUUCUCUUCUUACAGAAUGCCACAAAAAGAUUACAGAAGUCAAACGAGCUGGGAGAGCGGUGUGGCCUCCAUGAUGCAAAACAGUCACAGUGGGGUAAACCAACUUGGAGGUGUGUUUGUGAAUGGGAGACCAUUGCCUGAUUCCACCAGGCAGAAGAUAGUAGAACUGGCUCACAGUGGAGCUCGACCAUGUGAUAUAUCCAGAAUUCUACAGGUGUCCAAUGGCUGUGUGAGUAAGAUUUUAGGCAGGUAUUACGAGACAGGUUCGAUUCGUCCUCGGGCAAUUGGAGGAAGUAAACCUAGGGUCGCCACUCCAGAAGUUGUCUGCAAAAUCGCUCUGUACAAGAGAGAGUGUCCAUCGAUCUUCGCUUGGGAGAUCAGAGACAGGCUGUUGGCGGAGGGAGCCUGCACUAAUGACAAUAUCCCCAGUGUUUCCUCUAUAAACCGAGUGCUAAGGAACUUGGCCAGUGACAAGACGCAAAUAGGAACAGAAGGAAGCGAGGGAAUGUUUGAAAAGCUCAAAAUGCUUAAUGGUCAAGCCACCUGGACGGGGCGAACUGGGUGGUACCCUGGCUCCACACUCAUUGCCACUGAAUGUGCGCAGACAGGAAGGGUGGAAAACACGAUAUCGGACAGCUCCAACAACGACGACCCAGAGGAGACUCAAAUGAGGCUUCAACUGAAGAGGAAACUGCAGAGAAACAGAACAUCGUUCACACAGGACCAGAUAGAAGCACUUGAGAAAGAAUUUGAGAGGACACAUUAUCCUGAUGUGUUUGCACGAGAGCGUCUUGCCAACAAAAUAGACCUACCAGAGGCACGAAUACAGGUUUGGUUUUCCAACAGAAGAGCAAAGUGGAGAAGAGAAGAGAAGUUGAGGAAUCAACGGCGUCAAGUGUCCAACUCUUCCAACCAUAUUCCCAUCAGCAGUAGUUUUAAUGCCAGUGUUUACCAACCUCUACCACAAACUACAACACCAGUGUCCUUCUCAUCAGGAUCAUUGUUAGGGAGGUCGGACUCGGUUCUGUCAAGCAGCUACAGCCUACCAGCCAUGCCAAACUUUAGCAUGACGGCCAGCCUACCCAUGCAAACAUCUAGUCAGACUUCGUACUCAUGCAUGCUGCCCACCAGCUCAGGUGGAAAUGGAAGAAGUUAUGAGACCUACACUCCUCCACAUAUGCAAGCACACAUGAACAACCAGUCACUGACCUCUUCGACAUCGUCAACAGGUCUGAUUUCUCCAGGAGUUUCAGUUCCAGUCCAAGUUCCAGGAAGUGAAACAGACAUGUCGCAAUACUGGCCAGGUCUGCAGUAAUGUUCUUAAAAGCUUGUGUCAAAAGGGACAUUUCAUUGGUAAAUGGUACAGAUUGUAACUAAACCUUUGAGAAAAGUGAGACAAAGACUUUGGUAAUGGUUCUGAGUGGAGGACUUUUACAGUACUUAAUGGUUGCUGUAAACCAGUACGCCUUAGCAACAAUAUUUAUUUUCUUACCGUGGCAUUAUGGAGCCAGAACAUCGCCAGGAAGUUUUGGUACAGUCAUCCCUCAUUUAUCACCGUGGUAAGCAAAAGUCUGCAAAGUAGGAUAAUUAACAAUAGAUCGAAUAUGUUCAUAGUUGUAGCAGAAAAACAGCUGAUUACCUUUUUUUUAACACAUUCUGCCAAAAGUUGGUUAACAUGGAGCGAUAGACAUAAAAACCCCAAAACCAGUGACGUUGGCACAUUGUGUAAAUCGUAAAUAAAACAGAAUACAAUGAUUUGCAAAUCCUUUUCAACCUAUAUUCAAUCGCAUAGACUGCAAAAACAAGAUACUUGACGUUCUUACAGGAAAACUUUGUUAUUUUUUGCAAAUAUUGGCUUAUUUGGAAUUUGAUGCCUUCAACAUUUUUCAAAAAAGCUGACAUGUGUCAAAAAAGACUUAGGAUUUUGAGGAAUGCUCAUCAAACACUUAUUUGGAAUAUCCCAAGGGUGAACAGGCUCACUGGGAACAGGUGGGUGCCAUGAUUCGGUAUAAAAGCAGCUUCCAUGUCAUUCACAAACAAGGAGGGGGUCAUUGUGUGAGCGAAUUGUCAGAACAGUUUAAGAACAUUUCUCAACCAGCUAUUGCAAUGAAUUUAGGGAUUUCACCAUCUACGGCCUGCAAUAUCAUCAAAAGAUUCAGAGAAUCUGGAGAUAUGACUGCACGUAGCAUUGAAUUCCCUUGACCUUGGGUCCCCUCAGGCGGUACUGCAUCAAAAACCGGCAUCAGUGUGUAAAGGAUAUCAACACGUGGGCUGAGGAACACUUCAGUAAACCACUAUCAGUAACUACAGUUUGUCGCUACAUCUGUAAUUGCAAGUUAAAACUCUACUAUGCAAAGCAAAAGCCUUUUAUCAACAGCACCCUGAACGGCUGCCGGCUUCGCUGGGCCUGAGCUUAUCAAAGAUGGACUGAUGCAAAAUGGAAAAGUUUUCUGUGGUCUGACGAGUCUACAUUUCAAAUUGUUUUUGGAAACUGUGGAUGUUGUGUCCUCCAAAACAAAGAGAAGAAGAACCAUCCGGAUUGUUCUAGGUUGCAGAGUUCAAAAGCCAGCGUCUGUGUAUUAGUGCCCAAUGCAUGGGUAACUUACACAUCUGUGAAGGCACCAUUAAUGGUGAAAGGUACAUACAGGUUUUGGAGCAACAUAUGUUGCCAUCCAAGCAACGUUGUCAUGGACGCCCCUGCUUAUUUCAGCAAGACAAUGCCAAGACACAUGUGACAACAGCGUGGUUUCAUAGUAAAAGAGUGCGGGUACUAGACUGGCCUGCCUGUUGUCCAGACCUGUCUCCCAUUUAAAAUGUUGAUCGAUUGAUUGAUUGAUACUUUUAUUUAUUAGAUUGCACAGUUCAGCACAUAUUCCGUACAAUUGACCACUAAAUGGUAACACCCAAAUUAGUUUUUCAACUUGUUUAAGUCGGGGUCCACGUUAAUCAAUUUAUAGUAAUUAUGGCACAUUAUGAAGCCUAAAAUACGACAACAGAGACCCCGGACUGUUGAACAACUUAAGCAAGCAAGAAUGGGAAAUAAUUCCGCCUGAAAAGCUUCAAAAAUUGGUCACCUCAGUUCCCAAAUGUUUACUGAGUGUUGUUAAAAGUGGUAAAAAUGCCCUUGUGCCAUCUUUUUUUGCAAUGGGGUGCUGCCAUUAAAUUCUAAGUUAAUGAUUAUUUGCAAAAAAAAAAAUAAGUUUCUCAGUUCGAACAUUAAAUAUCUUGUUUUUGAAGUCUAUUCAGUUGAAUAUGAGUUGAAAAUGAUUUGCAAAUCAUUGUAUUCUGUUUUUAUUUACAAAUUACACAACGUGCCAAAUUCACUCGUUUUGGGUUUUGUUCAUGGAUAAACGUCACUUUUAAAAUAUUUUAAUGGUCAUUUGUUAUGUAUACUUCUUUCCCAUGUUUCUGUGUGUGUGCGUGCAAGUAUGUGUUAAUGAUUAUUAAAUUAAAUCACUUACUUACGCUGCUCCUCCACAUGGAGAGGAGCCAGAUGAGGUGGUUCGGGCAUCUGGUCAGGAUGCCACCCGAAUGCUUUCCUAGGGAUGUGUUUAGGGCACGUCCAGCUGGUAGGAGGCCACGGGGAAGACCCAGGACACGUUGGGAAGACUAUGUCUCUCGGCUGGCCUGGGAACGCCUCGUGAUCCCCCGGGAAGAGCUAGACGAAGUGGCUGGAGAUAGGGAAGUCUGGGCUUCCCUGCUUAGGCUGCUGCCCCCGCGACCCGACCUCGGAUAAGCGGAAGAUGAUGGAUGGAUGGAUGGACUUACUUAAAAUACUUAUUGAAGUUUCAUCCUUUUUCUUGCAUUAUUUUUAUUUAUUGAAUGGACUGACUGAAUAAACUAAUAAUCCACUUUCAUUUCCUUGUGACUAUGUGAAUUCACGUCUAUGCGCUGAAUUCUGAGAGAGCUUGAAGCCCUGCCCUCAAUCCUGCUCCCCCCCCCCACUUAAAAAUGCUGCCAGCAAGUUGGAACGGAAAGUUAAAAAUAAAAGCCUGUGACAUUUGAAAAAAAAACCUGUAACAGUUAAAAAAAGAAUCUAAACAUUAAUAUUAGAAACGUAUCAGAAGACACAUUAUAAUUACAAACAUAUGGCAUUUUUUAACGUCCGUCUCAUUUUUUAAUUUAACAUUUUACAAUACCAAUUAUUCUUUCAGAGUUUCUACAACGGUUUUUUUUCAAUACCAAAACUUAUUUGGAUGUGUUCUGGCUCCAUGUGGCUUGUAUCAGCUGCCAUUCAAAAAGUGAUGUGGCGUUUUGGUUCAGGAAUUUGGAUCAUUCUUUACUAACAAAGACACCCACUGCCCAAAAAUCCAUUUUAUUCAAAAAUCCCUGUAUGAAGACGCAAACAAGAAAAAUGUCUGCUGUAGUUUCAAAAGUCUGCAAUGUGAAUAGAAUUUCCCAAUUUAGUGAAGUGCUUGGUAUUGUGAAAACUGUGACAGGCAUGGAUGUUCUUAACUCUAAAAAAACAAAACAAUGGGGAGGUGCUAAGUUCUAUUUCUGUUAAUCUUAUGUCCAGACGUUAUCAAUAAACCACAUUUUUAUGGAAUGGAAUCAGAACCUCAUCUAAGCUAUCUUAUACAGCAUGAAAGUUCAAUUGUGUCUCGAUAUGAAUAUUUUUUUUAUUGCCAUGUGUAAAGUAUUUGUCUUCUUCAGUGACUGGAGAAGGUUUCAAUAAUAAACUUGUUUUUAGUGAC